AUGCCAGAAGAUUACCUGUUGCUAGCAGCAGAACUGGCACUGCCACUGCCAAACCCAGGCAACAAAUCAUCGAAGCCCUUUGUACUCGAGCUGCUCUUAGCACUACUGCUCAUGUUGCUCUCCCCAGCCUUCUCAUUUCUCCCCAAAUUCCCCAACAAAUCAUCAAAACUACUGCCCGGGUUCCCACUCCUGCCCGUCGGCGGCGACGAAAUCGUGGAGAACACGUCAUCCUCGAACCUCACAGCCGCUGCAGCUGAUUUGUUCUUCAAACCCGGCAACCCAUCAAAGAUAUCCUCAUCAUACACAGGCUUGUCGUACACAGGCAACGAGGAUGCCGCUUGCCGUGAAAUUCGGCUGCCCACCGAAAACAUCGCCGAACAACGGAUCGUCAAUGGAUCGACGAUCGGAGGGUGCGGACCUCAUCGGAUUGGAUUUUCCACGGGCCCCGAGCCCGAAAUCUCGGGCCAGCACGUCCAGAUCAUCCAUCGGGCAGAACCAAAUCAACGGCUCAAUCUGCAGAACCAGAUCCAAUCGGAAGAAACUGCAGCGUCCAGGGUGAAUCCAAAAAAUCGAUCGGAAAAAUUGGGUGCCAGAAUAUGGGGAGAUGCUGGUUGGUGCUAG